GAAAUGGCAAAAACGUAUGUGAAAUCUAAGGAGGUGGUGGAACUGGUCAACAUGCCCUCCUGGAUGGACAAGGGCCUGGGUUCUCAAAAUGAAGUGAAGGAGGAGGAGAGAAGGCAGGGUGCAUAUGGUGUGCUUGGCAGCUUAACUGAAGAGCACGACAGUAUUGAAGAGGAAGAAGAGGAGGAAGAAGAUGGGGAGAAACCUAAAAGAAGGGGUCCUAAGAAGAAGAAGAUGACCAAAGCUCGCCUAGAGAGAUUCAGAGCUCGAAGAGUCAAGGCCAACGCCAGAGAGCGGACCCGGAUGCAUGGCCUCAAUGAUGCCCUGGAUAACCUGAGAAGGGUCAUGCCAUGCUACUCUAAAACCCAAAAGCUUUCCAAGAUAGAAACACUCAGGCUGGCCAGGAACUAUAUCUGGGCCUUGUCUGAAGUCCUGGAGACAGGCCAGACCCUGGAAGGCAAAGGCUUUGUGGAGAUGUUGUGCAAAGGUCUCUCCCAGCCCACAAGCAAUCUAGUGGCUGGCUGCCUGCAGCUGGGCCCUCAAGCUGUCCUGCUGGAGAAGCGGGAGGAGAAGCCUGUUUGUGAUUCUACUCUCUCUGCCCACAACUUCAACUAUCAGUCUCCAGGGCUCCCUAGCCCUCCUUAUGGCCAUAUGGAGGCACACCUUCUUCAUCUCAAGCCCCAGAUAUUCAAGAGUUUGGGAGAAUCAUCUUUCGGGAGCCACCCACCUGACUGCAGUCCUCCGCCUUAUGAGGGUCCACUCACCCCACCACUGAGCAUCAGCGGGAACUUCUCCUUGAAGCAAGAUGGAUCUCCUGACCUAGAGAAACCCUACACUUUCAUGCCACAUUACUCAUCCACUGGUCUCAGCUCAGGGCACAUGCAUUCAACUCCCUUUUCAGCAGGGACCUCCCGCUACGACGUUCCCAUAGACAUGUCCUAUGACUCCUAUCCCCAUCAUGGCAUUGGGACCCAGCUUAAUACAAUAUUCACUGAUUAG